CCGCCACAGCUCACCAACGAUUCGUCGACUCCUAGGCGAGGUCUCUUUGGCUCUUUGAGCGCCGCCUUUACGCAUUUGAGAAAAAAGAGUUCAAAUCCUCAGUUUUUGUAUUUUUCUGGCAUCUGAAGCGCGAUCCCCAGCCGUUACCAAGAAGCUGGUUGAGUGAGUUCCUUGUCAGCCAUACAUACAUACAUAUCUGAAGAGGUCACACAUUUAGGAACGAUAUUCCGACGGAAACAUAAGCACACACAGUGGACAAUUCAUAGUUAUUUAAUACAGCCCGGUCAGGGAUCCGUCCAAGAGUCGGCCAUGGAAAAAUGAAAAAACUAGGAAGAUGAUGGUCUAGUCCAUUCAGUUGUUGAGGUCCUUUGCCUUCUCAUGACGCUCCUCCUUGGUCCCCUCCUCCUGAGCAUUGAAGUUAUCACUGAUGACAGGUCCAGGGUUGGCCGAGUGAGCUUCUAGGACUUUCUUGGUCUCCUCGCUGAGCUUCUGGAAGGUGCCCUUUUCACACAGUGUCAGUCCCAUGCCAUAUCGAGAUGGUGGAAGACCGCGGUCUGCCUACCUUAUCUUGCUCCUGCUCAUCGAUGGGCUGGAUGGAGAACUUCUUGUUGGACUCAGACAUGGUGGUUGUUUGUUUGGCGCGGUGACGUGCAGUUGGUUGGUGAUGUUGCAGUUGCAGGGGGUGUGUAGGUGGGGCAGAGGGGUUCUUUGAGGGUUGAGAAUGAUAUCUUUUGUGGAAUCGUUAGGUUUUUGUGUGACUUGAUGAAGAAAAGAAAGAGGAGAGUUGCGAGUAGAAGGAGGAGAGCCUUUGCUUUGCCUUUUAAGGAGAUUUCCCUGAACCGUUGAGCGAUACGGGGGUUCCUGUACUAACAAACGGUCCAGGGUUACGUGCGUGCCUUUGUGUUACCAACCACAUCAAAACUCACCAUUCCUCUCAUCCACACAGCCUGGAUGCAUGACACCUCAGCUUGUGGUGCCAUCUCAUGGUCACGACGAUGUUGUUUGAAGCGGUGUGAGAAGAACUCCAGACUGAACACAGCAAGUCAGUGAAGGCGCCCCGCAUGUCUUCUGCCAGCACCCCCCAGCCUGUGCAGCCUGUGAAGCUCUCACUGCCCUUAGUAUACCAGCAGAAGCUGUUUGAGGAGCUCCGCAAAGAAGAUGAACUGGUGGUUCUGGCCCGAGGUCUCGGUCUCAUGCGCCUUAUCACGAACCUCCUUCACUCCUAUGAUGCUGCAGGAAACAACCUGAUUGUCAUCGUCAAUGCCGAAGACAGGGAAAAUGCCUGGAUCGGUGAAGCGCUCGCCGAGCAUGCCGCCAUCAGUAUGUCACCCAAGGCCAGGGGCCUCGCCGUGGUCAACACCGACUACACGAGCGUGGGUGCUCGAGAGAAGAUGUAUGCUGGUGGUGGUAUUUUCAGCGUCACAUCACGUAUCUUGGUCGUCGAUAUGUUGACCGGUCUCCUAAAUCCGGAAACCAUCACCGGCAUGCUCGUUCUUCACGCCGACAAGGCUGUUGCCACUUCGUUAGAGGCCUUCAUCAUCAGGAUAUACCGCCAAAAGAACAAGGUCGGCUUUCUAAAGGCGUUCUCCGACAACCCAGACCCGUUCACGACCGGCUUUUCGCCCUUGGCUACCAUGAUGAGGAACUUGUUUUUACGCAAAGCAUCUUUGUGGCCACGUUUUCAUGUCCACGUCGCGCAGGCACUCGAGGGGAAGAAGAAAGCCGAGGUCAUUGAGUUGGAGGUGCCAAUGACCAACGCAAUGCGUGAGAUUCAGGUGGCCAUCAUGGAAUGUGUCGAAGUCAGUAUUCAUGAGCUGAAGAAGGGCAACACGGGGCUUGAGAUGGAAGACUGGAACCUCGACAGCGCUCUUCUCAAGAACUUUGACGUUCUUGUCCGCAGACAGCUCGAUCCUAAUUGGCACCGGGUCAGCUGGAAAACAAAGCAGAUUGUGGGCGAUUUGACUGUACUCAGGGGUAUGCUGCACUCAGUCUUGGCCCUCGAUGCGGUCUCUUUUCUUCAGCAGCUCGAUACCAUUCAUGCUGCUCACUCGCCACCCCCUGGAUCGACAAGACAGACCCAGUCUCCGUGGCUCUUUCUCGAUGCAGCCCAGACCAUCUUUGACACUGCCAAGAAGAGGGUUUAUGCCAGCACCCAGAAAGCGAAGGCAGACUCCAGCAUUGAUUCUCUGCAACCUGUACUCGAAGAACAGCCAAAGUGGUCAGUAUUGGCCGAUGUGCUAGAAGAGAUAGACCGUGACCUUUUCUUUGAGCAGCAGGCCCGUGACGAUUCCAACGGCACCAUUCUAAUCAUGUGCUCGGACACGAACACAUGCCGCCAGCUCCGCGACUAUCUUCAGACCAUGCACGUCAAGCCGAGGACUGCGAAGCGCAUUGAGGAGGUCUACGAUCCAGAAGAGGACAAGCCUUCAGCCGCCUACAUGAUGCGCAAGAAGCUGCGCAACUAUCUCAAGUGGAAGAGGGAGUUUGCCCAGGUCAGCGCCACGCUGUUCGCGGAGAAUCAAAAGGCGCUUAGUGGUGCCGUUGACCCCCGUCUUGCGCAGUCCAAAAGCCGGGCACCAUCCAACAAGAGACGUCGGGUCCGCGGUGGUGGAGCGGUAGGCUCUGGCUCGAGCCGUCUAGAGAAUGGCAGCAUCCCGCAGUACUUUGAGAAGCCUAAUGAGGUCGCCGAGCUGAUGGGGCAGAUUGACAUUACCGAAGCGGAAGCCAACCAGAAAGAUGACCUCGUCAUGGCUGACCCGUUGGAAGACAUGGACGACUACUAUCAGCUCUAUGACAUGCAAGAUCUCGUCGUCAUCCACGCCUACGACGGCGAUCAGGACGAGCACGUGCUGGAAGAAGUCAAACCCAAGUACAUCAUCAUGUACGAACCCGACGCCUCCUUCAUCCGCCGAGUGGAAGUCUACCGCUCCAGCCAUAACGAUCGAAACGUCAGGGUCUACUUCCUCUACUACGGCGGCUCGGUCGAAGAACAACGCUACCUCUCCACCGUCCGCCGAGAGAAAGACAACUUCACCAAACUCAUCAAAGAGCGCGCCUCCAUGUCCCUGGUAAUGACAGUCGACUCCUCCACCGAAGACCCCCAAGAAGCCUUCCUCCGCACAAUCAACACCCGCAUCGCCGGCGGCGGGAAGCUCUCCACCGCCACCGCUGAGCCGCCCCGAGUGGUGGUCGAUGUUCGUGAAUUCCGCUCUUCUUUGCCGUCCCUGCUCCACGGCCGGUCGAUGGUCAUCGUGCCGUGCAUGUUGACAGUAGGAGAUUACAUCCUCUCCCCCAACAUCUGCAUAGAACGAAAAUCGGUCUCGGAUCUCAUCUCCUCCUUCUCCAACGGAAGGCUCUACUCGCAAUGCGAGACCAUGUUCCAACACUACCAAAACCCUAUGCUGCUCAUCGAAUUCGACCAAAACAAAUCCUUCACCCUCGAACCAUUCGCCGACCUGUCAGGAAGCAUCUCCUCCCUCCACUCGGCCAACGCAGGCGAGAAGGACCUCCAGUCCAAGAUUGUGUUGUUGACGUUGGCCUUCCCCAAGCUAAGAAUAAUCUGGAGCUCAAGCCCGUACGAAACAGCAGAGAUUUUCGAACGGCUAAAGAGUCAAGAGAAGGAGCCUGAUCCGAUUGCCGCGGUCAGGGCAGGGUUGAAUGACGGGGAUGAUGUCGAGGGGAGCCAGCAGGGGCAAGGGGCGGCUUUCAACCCGGAGCCGGGGGAGAUGCUGGCCGCUGUGCCCGGGGUCACGCCGAAGAAUAUUGGGAAUAUUACGGCCAAGAUGGAGAAUAUAAAGGAGGUUGCGAACGCGACGGUUGAGGAGCUGAGUGCGCUUGUUGGGAAGGAGGCGGGCAGGCAGAUAGAGAGGUUCUUUGGGAGGGAUUUGUUGGAGGAUAGUUAA